GGUGACAGCUGAAGACCUACUCUUAACUGGUAUGUUAUAUUAUGAAUAUAAUAGUAUAGUAUUAUAUUAGCCUUUUUACAUGAAGUUGUGUUAUAUAUAUAUUGAUGUACAGUAAAACUGUCCAAUGUGAUGACUUUUACUGCCAAGCAGGUUUUCAAGCAAUGCAGCACAAAUCUGUGAGGGUUCAUUUAAAACAUUCUUUGAUAUUAAACUUAAAAAUUAAGGUAAAGUUAAAUGUCACAUUUUUUUGCUGUGACGGAGGUGCAAGCUCAUGUAGGAGAACCCGUUUGAUAAACAUCAGAAUGCCUGGAAUGGUUCAAGCUUUGUCUUGACUCACCUCUAAGUUGGACGUUUGAUUCUGGGCUGGUCGUCAGCGUCAGCGUCAUGGACGAGACCGAGCCCCUGCUGGCCGCCAGGUCGGACGAGCAAAGACCCAGCCGCAAUGGCCGCUGCGGGUGGAGUCUUGGCGCUCCCAACAUGGACUCCGAGCUGGUGGACGACCUGAGACGCAGGCUCAAGUACUUCUUCAUGAACCCGUGCCAGAAGUACAAAGCCAGGGGUCGCAAACCCUGGAAGCUGAUGUUGCAAAUACUAAAAAUCGUCAUCAUCACCGCCCAGCUGGUCUCCUUUGGACUGAGCAACGAGAUGAUGGUCACGUUCAAGGACGAGAACUUGAUGACGUUCCGCAACAUCUUUCUCAAAGGAUACAAGGACCACCGGCUGGGAGGUCACGUUCUGUACACAAAAGCAGACGUCUAUGAGCACAUACGCUACGUCAUCGACAGAUACGCCCGACUUCAGAACCUAACCAUUGGCAACCUGGCAUACGAGAGGACCGAGGGCAAGUACACGCCUCUGAUUGUCUGCCAGGAGUUCUACAGGAACAGCAACAUUGACCUCCAGAACAAGACCUUCUACAUCGAUCCACACAUCGAUACAGAUUGUUUUUCCAUCUAUCCUGUGCAGUCUUUGGAAAACAUCAGUUUGGCCACACCUCUCAACUUCUCUUUGGACUUCAGGAGGCUGCUGUCAGUUCAUGUUUCUUUUACUCUGAAAAGCAUCAAUCUGCAGGCUGUCAGACACCACCAGCUUCCAGACUGUUUCGUCUUCCAUGUCGUGAUCACCUUUAAUAACGGCGCUCACAGUGGCAACAUAAAGGUGGCAGUUAAGAAUGACGUCGCCAUCAACCAAUGCAGAGACUGGAUUGUGGAGGGAACGUGCGGGAAGAAGGACUACUGGCUGCUCUUCUUCGACACGGCCGUCAUCCUCGCCUGCUUCACCUCGCUCAUUCUCUGCCUGCGUUCUGUCGUCAAUGGCAUCCGGCUCCAGUUUGAGUUGAGCACCUUCUUCCACACCCACUACAAUAAAAGGGUGAGGAUGUCAGAGCGCAUGGAGUUUGUGAACGGCUGGUACAUUCUCAUCAUCGUCAGCGACACUCUCACCAUCGCAGGUUCGGCCUUCAAGAUCGGAAUACAGACCAAGUUGUUGACGAGUUACGACGUGUGCAGCAUCCUCCUGGGCACAGCCACCAUGCUGGUCUGGGUGGGCGUGUUGCGUUACCUUGGCUUCUUCAAGAAAUAUAACAUCCUAAUUUUGACUUUGAGGGCAGCUUUUCCCAAUGUGAUCCGCUUCUGCUGUUGUGCCGCCAUGAUCUACCUGGGCUACUGUUUCUGUGGCUGGAUCGUGCUUGGACCGUACCACGACAAAUUCCGAACGCUGGACAAGGUGACAGAGUGUCUCUUCUCGCUCAUCAACGGCGACGACAUGUACGCCACCUUCAUGAAGCUGAGGAAGGACGGCUACAUGGUGUGGCUCUUCUCCCGGCUCUACCUGUACUCCUUCAUCUCUCUCUUCAUCUACAUGGUGCUGAGCCUCUUCAUCGCUCUCAUCACUGACACCUACGAGACCAUCAAGCAUCACCAGCAGGAGAAAGUGCCGGCGUCUCAGCUGCAGGCUUUCAUAGCUCAGUGCAGAGACCAGCCCAAGUCUGGAAGAUUUAUGAGUGAGCAGGCAGCACAAUCCUGCUGCCUCUUUUCUUGCCUUUCUUGUGGCUUUCCUGAAAAAAUGUGACCUCGGAUGUAUUCAAUUCCCAUCUCUUGUGUUAUGUUUUUGAUAUCAUGUCUGCAAACAUGCAUAUUACAACUCAACUACUGGCUAACUAUUUUGUUUGUCAACAAAAGAAACAAUCACUUUCCUAAAUAUAGUGUUGGGUGACGGACCCUGAAGACCUGGACUCAGUCCCCUCAACCUCGUGUCCGUUUGAUCGGAGGGAGAAGGAACUUGCCAGACAUUCGUAUCAGCAAAAAAAGACCUAUACCUAUCGAGGCUCUCCCAGUUCUUGUCUUCUAGCCAGUUGGGGGAAUUUUACAGCUUUUAAUGACCUCAUCUGUCUCUUUUUUUGGAUGACUUCACAAGUCUUAUUUGGUGAUUUUUGAUUUGAUCAGUGACUCAACAAAGUCCAUGGCAAUCCUUAAAUGCCGUCUAAAUCAUAACAAUAGACAUAGCAAACUUGUAUUAUUGUAAAUCUGCAUAAAUCAAUAUCCAUCAUACAAUAAUACGGAAACAAUGGCUAGAUCAGUGGUUCUUAACCUUGUUGGAAGUAGCGAACUCCACCACUUUCAUAUGCGCAUUCACCCAACCCUUCUUUAGUGAAAAAUAAAAUGUUUUUUUUUUUCAAAUUCAAGACAAAGUUAUAUAUUUUUGGUAACACUUUAGUAUGUGGAACAUAUUCUAAGUAACAAAGACUUAAUUAAGAGUUAUUUGGUUAGGGUUAGGGCCAGGGUUAGAAGGUAAGGGUUAUAAUAAGGCCAUGUCGAAUAAGGCAUUAAUAAGUACUUAAUAAUGACUAGUUAAGAGCCAAUAUGUUACUAAUUUGCAUGUUAAUAAGCAACUAAUUAAUGGUGAAUAUGUUCCCACCAUGUUUUAUUACUGGUGCACAAAAUGAAGCGUGCAUGAACAUCACCUUGUUCAAAGAACAAAAGCAACACAGUGCAUAAACUCACAACAAAUGACACACCUGCAAAUCAGUCUGACUUCUGCUGUUGUCGUAUCCGUAAUACGCCGAUAGGGAGAAGUUUUUAUUUACACGAUGAGUCGGGUGUGUUUUGACCUUUGCUGAACCCCUGAGGCCAACUCACCGAACCCCUAGGGUUCCAUCCAACCCAGGUUAAGAACCACUGGGCUAGAUGUUGAUAGUCCAACUCAUGGUUUACACAUGUGGUUUUAGUUUAUUUGGAACAUCACGUAUUUCCAGUUUCUCAUUACAACAUGUCCAAAAAGAAGUAGGAAGAAGCAGAGUUUAUAGAUGAAACUGUAAUUACAUUAGAUAGUGAUGAGCCGUCAGGACCAGCAAGAACUUCUCUGCUGGCCUAACAUGACCACAAAUCAUCAUCAUAAUCAAAAAAUGAAGUAAGUUUUAAUUUAUGUUCCCUAAAUAUGUGAAAGUAUUCAUAUUGUCUUCAUGUCAUGAAAGAAAUGAAAAAAACAAAAAUAAAAAUAACUGGGUGGAAUGUGAAGGAUGUUUAAUAUCUUUAAUGUUAAUUACAUAUAAUGCUAGCACCAAAUGAAAUGAUAUUAUUGAUCAAUAUUCUGCAUGCUAAGUGUAUCAUUAGGUAGAACUGUCAAUUGUUCGUUUUCAAGUAACAAUUUGCUUGUGAAAUACAUCUAAGAUGGUGAAUCUGAAACACGACAACGACUUAUUGGAGAUUAAACCAACACACG